AUGGCGUGGGAUCACCUGUCGGUCACCAACUCGCACUUGGUCUACAUCAUUCUAGGGGGCUUUACCUCCCUCUUCAUGCUAUGCUCCACCGUUAUCAAGGAGCGCAUGUAUAUUGGUGAAGCCACGGUGGCGACUCUCUGCGGCCUCAUCUUCGGCCCGCACGCAGCUAAUCUGAUCAAUCCCUUGUCAUGGGGCAGUGUUGACAUUGUCACGAUCGAGUUCUCGCGCAUCGUUCUCGUCGUGCAAUGUUUUGCUGUUGGGGUCGAGCUGCCCAAGUUCUACAUGGAAAAGCACUGGAAGUCUGUCGUAUUCCUGCUUCUCCCCGUCAUGACAUACGGAUGGCUCAUCACCAGCCUGGUCGUCUGGUGGAUGGUUCCGCCGUUGAACUGGUUGGACAGUUUGGUUGUUGCAGCCUGUGUCACUGCCACUGAUCCUGUCCUUGCCUCGUCUGUUGUGGGCAAGGGUAAAUUUGCAAAGCGGGUGCCAAAGCACUUGCGAGAUCUGCUCUCCGCCGAGUCUGGUUGUAACGAUGGUAUGGCGUUCCCAUUUGUAUACCUGUCACUCUACCUGAUCCAAGACCGUUUGAGUGCGAAAGAGGUGACGUACCACUGGAUCGUCUUUACCGUCCUCUACGAGUGCAUUUUCGGCGCAAUCUACGGGUUCAUCCUAGGAUACCUCGCUCGACACGGCAUUAAAUAUGCCGAAAAGCACGACCUGAUCGACAGAGAGAGCUUCCUCGUCUUCUACUUCGUCUUAGCCCUGUUUUGUGCAGGAUCUGGUAGCAUUCUGGGAGUUGAUGAUCUUCUCGUCGGAUUCUCCUGCGGAGUAGGCUUCUCGAACGACGGCUGGUUCACCCAGAAGACCGAGGAGUCCCAUGUCUCCAACGUCAUCGACCUCCUUCUCAACCUCACCUAUUUCGUCUACUUCGGAACCAUCAUCCCUUGGGAGCAGUUUAACAGCCCUGAGCUGGGCUUGCAAGCCUGGAAGCUGGUCAUCAUCGCGAUAUUCGUCAUCUUCUUCCGCCGGAUCCCGAUAAUGAUGGUCCUGAAGCCGUUCAUACCCGAUAUCAAAACUUGGCGCGAGGCCCUCUUCGCCGGCCACUUCGGGCCUAUAGGCGUCGGGGCUAUCUUCGUGGCAAUUCUGGCUCGGGCUGAGCUGGAAUCCGAUCAUCCGGUCCCUCUCUCCGAACUACCGCCUCCCGGUUCCCCGAAUUAUACCCUAAUAGCCCUGGUGUGGCCAAUCGUAACAUUCAUAGUCGUUGCCUCCAUCCUAGUCCAUGGAUCUACGAUCGCCGUGUUUACUCUAGGAAAACACAUCAACACCCUGACCAUCACCAUGUCCUACACGACAGCACCCGAGGAAGGACCGUCGUGGAUGAACCGUCUCCCUCGCAUCUCUUCGCAGUCGAGAUCUCAGGCGAGAACAAUGUCAGAUACUGAGGCUGAUGAGUUGAAACUCCCGGAGUUCCCCCCUGGCACUCUACCACCCGUUGGUAUGCCUGGCAAUUUCUUACGCCGUGUCAAGGAUGAGGAUAAUCCUAGCCGGCAAGGCAGCAGAACCUCGUCUGUGUCGGGACGGCGGAAAAGAAAGAAGUGGGAUGACGGUAUUGGCCCAGGCGGGCCCAUCAGCCAAUCUGCCAUCUUCCCACAGCGCCGCACCCAAAGCGAGCAGGCACUGGCAACGCUUCAUGGCGAGACUUCAAGCCAAUCACAGCAAGAAAGCCAGGCAUCGAACGUCGCCUCUCCUACAGUGUCUUCCAGACGGGGGAGGCCCAAGGAACGUGGUGAACGGGAUCCUGAGAAAGAUGACGAGGAGAUGGAGAUCUCCCCUGCGGAAAGUCCAACUCCCCAUCAGCAGGAUACUAAUCAGGUCGAGGUUUAUGAUGAGGGCGACCAUAUAAUCAUAGAGAACCAGCAAGGCGAUGUCCUAGCCGUGAAGCCCCCCAUCGAGGAUGAAGAAGGAUCUAGCGCACCUAUCACGGCUCUGAAAUCGGAAUUACAAGGACAGCCGGGUCCUUCUGGAUGGACUUACGAGAAUCUAGUCAAGAAAAUCGGCAAUUGGCGCGACGAAGAGAUCCAAAAGCGAAAGGAGAAGCAGACUAAGGCGAGAAAGCACGAACCCGCACGAGCUUACCAAUUCGGCAGCACAAUUAUCGUCGAGGACGAAGAUGGUGAGGUCCUCAAGAAAUACGAACUUCCGUCUCAGAAGCCAGAUAAAGAAGGCGGUGACCUCGUGAGUCAAAGCUUGAAGUACAUGGGUAUGGGCGGCCUGGUUAGAGCAGGCGAAAGGUCACAGCCCACUGCCGGCGCAGCGGGAGAGGACGACUCCGCGGCCGCUUCCAAAGGAGCCGGCAAACCGGGAACGUCUAGCAAGGUCAGCUGGGCCGGAGCAUUCGGCCUAUCAACUGGCGGUGGCGGGGAACCGUCUGCGCAGAGAGCCAGGAAGAAGAGUGUGGCGGAAGAGGCUGAAGAAGAAGACGACCGGCACAUCCGCUUCACCAUUGGAGGAGUGGGCCAGCGGAUGACCAAGGCGGACUUCAUCCGGGAGAUGCAGAAGUUUGAUAAGAGCACGCGUCGCGAAAUCGUGGAGCACUCGGACGCCUCCGGUGUUAUCAAGACUCUAGCAAAUCAGGAUAUCCAGCCAACCGAGUCCUUGGACCAGUCGUCGUCUCGAGGCAAGGCUGUCGCCGGAAGGCCCGCCAAUACCUCAGAACGGACCAAGCCGUCGGAAACCGACUCUUCAAGCAACGAUGAUGAAACCGCUGUGGAACGGAGGCGCCGCCUCGCCGUGUUAAAGAGUGUCGGGGAUGACCAGGAUGAGAUGGCAGAGACACCAGCCGAGAGGCAUUCCGAGAUCUCCACGGACAGCCACUUCGACCCCGGCCAGGAGACGCUCAGCGACCGCCUGUACGCUCUCCGCGACAUGAUCCCCCCGACGACGCGCGGCUGGGUGUGGCACAAGUUCCAGGCGGCCACGCACGUGGUCAAGACGACGCUGGUCUUCUGCGGCCGCGCCGCCUGGACCGUGUCGGUCUCGGCCCUGCUGAUCGGCGUCCCCUUCGCCCUCGCCUACGCCGAGGAGCAGAACAUGAUCGCCAUGGAGCAGGAGCAGCGCAUGCGCGAGAUGGGCGGCGAGCUCCUCACCGCCGGCGCCGACGGCGAGGCGGACGCGAGCACCGCCGAGAGGGUCGGCGCCGCGCUCGGGCGCGAGGCCAAGCCGGCGCUCUGA